AUGCAGGCGGCAACGGCGCGACGUCCAGCCAAAAGUUACAAUGUCCAAGCCUGGCAGGCCAGAUACCUACUACUGCCGUCACAAAUCCCAUCACAAACCCCCAACAAGCCAUCCUUGGAGCGGUGGCCAGCUGCUGACACCUGGGCUGUGCGUGCCUUUGCCUCUGUGCCAGCAACUUUGAAGACGGACGACGGCAAGACGAACAACCGACAGGCAGAUGAAGGUGACGAUCUGGGGCUGGUGACUGAUGCCAUCAUCCCGCUUUGGCCUGAUGACAAGCGGCGCAGGCUCAACCGAUACUAA